AUGGAUCUGACACCAGCGCUCGAACCCGUGAAUACUCCGGUCUCUUCUUCUUCAAACCGCUCCAAACGUCCUCGAAGGAAAAAGCUAAACAAUAGCGGAAACCUCGAGUGCAACAUUCCUCGCCCCAGUAACCCAUUCAUCCUCUUCCGGGACGAUUUCUUACGACAAGGUUGGAUGCUCAAAUUGGAAGGGAUUAACCAUUGCAGUCAGUCUGCUCUCAUCGGAAAAAUCUGGAGCCGAUUGGGGGAGGAUAAAAGGGCGUACUGGAAGAAAAAAUCAGCUCAAGAGAAACUUGAAUACUGGGCCAACAAUCCUCAGGUCAGGUAUACGAAAAAGUCUUUGAUUAAACCCAAAGCUGCUCGUAGCAAGCAAAGUAACAACCAUGGUUCCUUUGCAUUUCGACACGCAUUCCACGACGGUGUAGAAGAAGAUAAAUGUCUUUGGCAGAUGGCGGAAUCCUACACUCCUGGACUCACGUAUCAUCACAGCAUAGUAGAUGAACAGCCAGUAUACGAGGAUCCAUUGGUUUCCGAAUCUCCCACCGAACGUCCCAGUCAAUCUCUACCACCUUUCCAAGCGAGCAGCCAACAGGAAGAAUACCGAGAGGGCCUCCUUCAUUUACCCUACUUCGUGCUUGACCCCCUACUGCACGACGUCAACUCGGAUCCUCAUCAACAAGUUUCUUUUGAAAAUAUCAUCUGUCAAGCCGAGGAUCAGGACGAAUACAGUCAAUAUCCAAUUCCAGUUGCUAAUAUACCUGGUCAAUGGGACCACGCGGGUUUUGCGUUCAAUUUGGAUGGUCACAACAGUGCUGCCAAUGAUAUGUGGUCAACUAACGCCCUGUCGAACUAUGUAAGUGUGCAUCUACUUAUGGCGUAUGCACAAGGCAUUCUUAUGAGUUGGAAACAGUACUCGGAUAACUUUUUUGGGUCCUACAAUAAUCAUCAACUCGAUGGCACUUUCAACAUUCCGUCAGCUCUGUAUACGGAACCGGACGUAUCCAUGUCGAUCGAGACUUGCAUGUCCGUCUUUGGUAACCAAGAAUCAGGCUUUGGAUAUGCUACAGGCUUUGACGAUUCGGUCCCAUCUAGCACCUUAGCUGAAAAUGUGAUCCGAAUAAAAUUUAAUAUUUUGGCACCUUUCUAUGAUUCUAUUGACGAAGGGAAGAGACAAGUCGAACUCGUGCCCGUGCCCAGCGCGGCAGCGCAAAAGUCUUCAACGGCCGCAUCUAUCUCUUUCAACGUGGUUGCAUGA